CCCACUCGGCAGUCUCGUGAAUUGCGCCCAGCAGGGAAGCGAACCUACCGCCUGGCGGGGGCAUCUGCAAAAGCGGCAGCAGCAGACAGGUCGUGCGGCAGCAGCAUAAGAAGAAAGGACCGACUGACGCACCGGACAGCACCCUCGGCGUGCAUAUUUGGGGGAGGAAAGAGGACGCCCCCCCCCCCCACACACACCCCUCGGGGAGAAGGCAUGGCUUCCUAUGCAUCGGGGCCUUGAUGCUAAACUAUGCUGUGAGAGAGAGCGGGGCAUCGUAGCCAACACACACGAACACACACGCAAACUCGGUAGAAGCCCUUCGAUGGAGACAAUGAGAGACUUGGUCCUGACUGUGAUCAUCCUUUUGCCUCUGGUGGCGUCAGAAUCGGAGCACUGCAUCAUUCAGCGAGAGCAUGACAAAUGCAUGGAGCGGAUGGACAUGCACGACCCCAACGACGACUUGGACAUGGCGUGCCCUUGGAUGUGGGACAACCUGACCUGCUGGCAGGCGGCCGACGUGGGCGAGGUGGUGGUGGUCAACUGCCCCGAGUUUUUCCACGACCUGAUGGGCCCGGAGGACGAGAUGGGGCGGGUGAGUCGCAACUGCACGGAGGACGGCUGGUCCGAACCGUACCCUCACUACCUGGACGUGUGCCUCUUCUACGACAACGCCACUAAACCGGACAUGUACUAUGCCUCAGUCAAGGCCUUGUACACGGUUGGCUACAGCACAUCCCUGGUGUCUCUCACCACUGCCAUGGUCAUCCUCUGCAGGUUCAGGAAACUCCACUGCACCAGAAACUUCAUCCACAUGAACCUGUUCGUGUCGUUCAUGCUGAGAGCCAUCUCGGUCUUCAUCAAGGACGGCGUGCUGUAUGCGCAGGAGGACAGCGACCACUGCUUUGUGCAUACGGUGGCGUGCAAAGCGGUGAUGGUUUUCUUCCACUACUGCGUCAUGUCCAACUACUUCUGGCUUUUCAUCGAAGGUCUCUACCUCUUCACUCUGCUGGUGGAGACAUUUUUCCCCGAGAGACGAUAUUUCUACUGGUACACCAUCGUCGGAUGGGGAACCCCCACCAUUUGUGUGACCGUCUGGGCCGUGCUGAGGCUCCAUUUUCACGACACCGGAUGCUGGGAUACAAAUGAACACACUGCUCUCUGGUGGGUUAUCAAAGGACCUGUAGUGGCCUCCAUUAUGAUCAAUUUUGUUCUCUUUGUGGGAAUCAUCAUCAUCCUGGUGCAGAAGCUGCAGUCCCCUGACAUCGGAGGCAAUGAAUCCAGCAUUUACCUCAGCUGUGCUCAGAAAUGCUUCAGUGAGCCCUCACAGGCUGUUCAGCAUUCGUGCAGGAUGUCAGAGUUGUCCGCCAUCACACUACGUCUUGCGCGUUCCACCCUCCUGCUCAUCCCGCUGUUUGGAAUUCACUACACCGUCUUUGCCUUCUCCCCCGAGGACGUCAGCAAGAGGGAGCGGCUAGUCUUCGAGCUGGGCCUCGGCUCCUUCCAGGGCUUUGUGGUCGCCGUCCUUUACUGCUUCCUCAACGGGGAGUUUCUCCCUGAAGGUGCAGUCCGAGAUCAAGAGGAAAUGGCGCAGCUGGACGGUGAACCGAUACUUUGCUGUGGACCUGAAGCAGCAGAGGCACCCGUCGCUGGCCAGCAGCGGUGUGAACGGCGGGACGCAGCUUUCCAUCCUGAGCAAGAGCAGCUCUCAGAUCCGCAUGUCCAGCCCGCUGGCGGAGAGCGCCAACAUCAGCCUGCCUACCUGAGCGUGUGAUCACGUGACCUCGCCAUCAGCCGCCGCCGCCGCCAGCCAGCCGUCUUGAAUGAAUCCACACCAGGCGGAAGAGACCAAAGUGGCCCCCUGGCUCAUGAGUACUUUUCAUUUUCAGUUCCUCUCAAUGGUGCACUUGGGUUUUAAUUCAAAUCAAUCAAAGGAGGCAUUCUAAUAGUUUACUCUACCCCCUGCCCUCUUUUUUUUUUUUUUUUACAUUUUAAUCUAAUUUAAUUGAUUCUGAUGGUCAAAAAUGUGUACAGUACCAUGACUAUCAAAGUGCCAUAGAAGUCCAAAGUUAAAAAAAACAACAACCUUUGCCUUGCUUGUGACCCUGACCCCAACUCUUACUCCAACCCUAACAAAAUGCCAAAACCUAACCGAACGUAUAAAUCCCAAUAGAAACCUUACCUUACCUAAACAUGAAGCCUAACCCCGACCCCUGAAAUCCUCAUUGUUCAAGUGUUAUAUUCGACUUUUUUACAGUCAGCCGUAAGUACUAAGUAUGUCAAAAGAAC